CUCUCUUCCUCCUCCCUCGAUCGAACCACCAUCGAUUCACGCAAUUUUACCGUUCAGCUGUACGAAAUGCAACGCGUACAUCCGGAAACAUUGGGGCCCGAGAUCAAACACAUUUACCUCGUCUCGAACGAAGGUCCGUCCCCAGUGGAACAUCUUUGGGUCAACGUGUCCAUUCCCAUACAGACUAGAGAGGGCGAGCACCUUGUAUAUCUGCUGGAUAGAAUCCGGCAUCAAGCAGAUGAUGGUGGCCCACCUCUGGUCGCUAAUAUGGCACCCGAACUGCGUUCUCCACUUCAGUGA